UUUUCUGCCACGUGUCUCUACUUCUUCUAUAUAAAUAGUUCUUAAUUGCACCAUCAAAUGGCCCACCCAACUUUGUCUUGACUCUUGAUAACCAUCAACCGUUUUCUUCAACAAUCAGUUACUCUGUUUUAUUCUCACUCCUUCCUGGUUUUCUCUCUUUCAGUCAGAACCCGUCAAUAAUAUUACAGCAGCUACAGCAGAUAAAAUCAUAAAGAUGAGUCGUUCUUGGACUUUGCUCACUCACGUUCAUUCACUAGCUGGGCCGGUUUUGAUGUUAUUGUACCCCUUAUAUGCAUCAGUUAUAGCCAUAGAAAGCCCAUCGAAAGUGGAUGAUGAGCAGUGGCUUGCUUAUUGGAUCUUGUAUUCAUUUCUGACUCUUACGGAGAUGCUACUGCAGUCAGUUUUAGAGUGGAUACCAAUUUGGUACACAGUGAAGUUAAUGUUCACUGUAUGGUUGGUUCUACCACAGUUCAGAGGAGCAGCUUUUAUUUAUGAUAGGUUUGUAAGACAGCACGUAAAGCAGUACACAGGAGGAAAUGUUCAACCCCCCCAUCACAAAUCUCCUGACAGCAGUGGCAAGGGCAAGAAAAAGUUUGUGAACUUCGUUGUACCAAAGAAAGUAAGUCUGAAUUCUUAUAAGAAUAUGCAGUGGAAGAUGCAUAGAAUUCUUAUAUAUAUAUAUAGUAAUAUUGUUAUUUCCUAGAUUGUGUGUUCAUCUUGUUCGAGGGUUCUGAUAUGUGAAAGACGUGAAAAUAAUAAAUAAGAUUUGAGUAUUAAUUUUCUGACGAAAUGUUGUUAAUGUGGACGUGGACAGGCAGAGCAUGAGGCAUACUAAAGAGGAGCAACCUGAAUCGCCCUUGGCUCGUGUGAAUGAGUUGAAUUUGAUAUCCAUCCUUCGCUUUUUUAUUGAUGUUUCUUUCGGUUGUUGUAUAAGAUGUUAAACUUUUAAUCCGUGUAUAAUAAGUUAACUGCUUUUAUUUCAAGGCUUUUGUGAUUUUAGUCUUCAAAUCUUUCAUUAUCAUGAAUGUUAAUUUGUCACCAAUAAUGGACCCCUUGAUAACAAGUUAACCUACCACCAAUUUUUCA